AUGAUUAAAUCUGAACAGUUAAGAUUUUCUGGCCCGUUGAAAGAACUGCCCUCCGGUGUGGCGACAGUAUCUAUUUAUUCACAAUCUUCACCGUUUCAAUCAACACGUAAGCCGACUCCACAACGAUCGAUUGAUCCUCAGGCGAUCGAUAUAUCAUCGAUAAAAGGACGCUUUGCAUGGGAAAAGAUAACAUUGGGCGACACCUAUAUGCCAGUUAUAUUUCGUGGUCCAGUGAAAUACUUUUGUGUUAAAAUGCUUGAAAAAAUAUUACGAGAUUAUCCGAAUGAUGCAAUUCAUCAUCCAACAGAUUUCCAAUAUCGAAAACCAAUCGAUCUUUACGUCCCAACUACAAACGAGAUAAUACUAUUGAACAGAAUUAAUGCAAAUCAUUCGCAUUGGACAUAUACACGUCAGACAUUCACAUCUGCAGAUGAACUUGUGCGUGUCUCUGACUUCCUUUCAUUUUAUGAACAUCUACUAGUUCAUAAACAGAUGCAUAUUCCGCGCGCGCCAUCUGUUGGUUCGUUGCGUCAAAUUUUACCACAACCUCGACAAUCAGCAGAACUACCUGUUGAUCAGUCAGUAAAUAUGUCCAAUGGAAUUCGUAAAUCUGCAAAUCUGCUGCGUGAAGCAACAUCUAGGGAAAGAUCACCCUCUACUGCGAUGGCUUUACCGCGUGAGCGUACACUCUCACUGGCUCCAAAGUUAAUACCAACAGCGUCGACUGUUGUGCAUUCCUCACAGCCAGUACCGCCCUCAGCGUCAUCGUCUCGAUUCUUGCAACAUUCUUCGAAACAAGCUCACGAACGAUCGUCUUUAUCCUCUAAUGAACAGCUAGCUGUUAUAUCAUUGAAAGAUAUUGAUAAUUCAACGAUUUCAGCAUUACCACAAAACUCUGCUAUGACUCAAGCCUCCAGUGGUAUCCGUCAGCCAUCAACACUCACUGCACCAACUAUAGCGAUAACUUCGUCAUCUCCGGAUGCUACUAGUUCAUCAUCCUCACCAGUAACUAGUCGUAAGCGAUCAGCAAUAGCAUCAGAAAUGCAGAUACGGCCCACCAUUAAACAAUCAACAUCAAUACCAAGAUCUUUGUCGCCAGUAUCAAAACCACCUCGUCUUAAUUAUGGUUGGCUACAAAUAAAUAAACUGUAUACGCCUUAUGUUUCAUCAAGUUCAUCCAACCAUCACUUAUAUAAGAUACCUGUUAGCCUCCUAACGUUCUAUGAACUACUCAAAACACCAGCAAACGAACAUAAUACAAAUGAAUCUAAGGAGGCAUCGUUUCCAUUCGAACAUACGCUGGUUACACCACAAGAAAUUGAACUCAUCAAUGAACUCUGUUUAAAACAAAACAUCAAACCAUUUUCUAUCGAUACAAAGCUUAUUGAUUUGGUAACAUUUUACCAUUAUAGCUCAGCCAAUAUACUUUUCGUCAAGGAACUACCAUUAAACGAGCCCAAAUUAUCUAUCUGUCGAGACUGGCCAUUGGUCGUUCAAAUCAACGGUGGAAUUUGUCGUUUACGUAACAUAGCAACAUUGCACGAGCAAACAGUACCGUUUAUUGGAAAUAAUCUAUUAAAGACUUUCAUUAUAUCAUCGCAAUGCAUCUCGACGGCAACAUUGACGACGCCAACAGCAUCAGAACUCGAAUUUUUACAGUUGAUUCUGUUUUUUAGUAAUAUGUCAAUUAGUCUACGUAAUGCAAAACUUAUUGAUAUUGAAUCUGUACAAAAAGAAUAUAAUGUUGAUUUAAUUCUGUUAUUCAAUGAUAAAUUUCCAUUAAAUGUACUCAAUUACCAAAAUCAAGAUACUCGUCCGUCGACAUCCCAACCACAAGCAACACAAUCAGAAUCGACAGCAGCAACUAACACAUUUGCUGAGUCAACGCCGCCACCCUCUCCUCCAUCACCAGUACCAGUUCCACCACAAACAACAACAGCAGUAACAGCAACGACGACAGCACCCUCGAUAAACAGUAGCAGCAAUGUUUUCCUGAACCCUCCAUCGCAAUUGCCUUUGACAGCAGGUUCUUCUUCAUCGUCGACAGCGAACCUAUCGAAUCGUUAUAAGAAAACAAUCGUGUUUCAUGGUCAUUCAAUGACAACAUACACAUGUUCGGGACUCGGAUCAAAUGCGCAACGUGAAUGUAUUUCUGUGAGAGAACUGUGCAUUAUGCUUUUUCCAAACUCUCCGAUCAUCGAUAAGCUUGAGACAAAAUUACUUCGCUUAUUACGAGCGAAAAACAUCAAUCGUUUUCGACCACAAAAUCAGCAAUCGAUGAACUUUACACGUCUAAUCGAUAUCAAAGAUGUGGGAAAACAUUGGGAUUACAUCAGACAAGGCAUGCAAUUGACAACGCACAGUAGUGAAGUAGCACCUUCUGUGCCAGAACCUGCAUUACCAGCACCAGAACCAGCACCAGCACCAGUAGCAGCAACACCAUUGUUAGAGACAGAUACGAAGGCAAGUACAUCUGAUAACGUAGGAGAUGACAUUGAAAAAGACGAAGAAACUUGUUCGAUCAAAACACCUAAAAGUGAAAAACGGCCUUUGGAGACGAAACCGGAAGAAGAUAAACCAGAAGAGUUGCCUGAUGCGGAAAGACAUGAUAAACGUGUGCGACUUUCGAGAGAUAAUGAUUCGCCCCAAUCAAUUCCCAAUCAAUCGACGAUAGUUAUGGCGACGGUGGCCAUUGAGGAGAAAUCAAGCUCAAUGCUUGUGACUAACAAAGAUAAUGACAAUCGAUCUCAAGAAGACGUUGCCAAGCAUGUUGAAGAAAAGAAAAAUACACGUAUUUCAAAGCCAAAAAUUCGAAUCAUACGUCAAAAAAGUGAUAAGAAAACUGUUAAAAACAGCGAAAGUCUACUGGACGAUGAUCCGACGUCUAGUAAAUCAUCGAUUUCAUUGGCUAAACCAUCGGUGUCGAUUAAAAAGAAAAUACGACUAAACAGAAAACGGCCAACACCAUGUAUACGAUCAAAGAAGGAAUCAGUAGCAUCGUGGGUUCAAAAGUACAAUAUCGAAGAAUGCUACAUCCGUUUAGAUCUAUGUGAUCCGGCUUAUAAACCAAGAAAGAAUUAA